AUGAUGCCAGGAGAUACCAAAGAUUACUAUAGCUCAAAUUUAGUUGAUAGAUAUGAAAUUCAUGAUAACACCAUUAUUGAAGUCCUUAGUCCUAAAUCCCUCAACUUUCUAAGGCUAUGUUUGGAUAAUUUAAAAAUAACGGAGCGGAGCGGAACGGAACGGAAUAUAAACUCCAUUCCAUUGUUUGGAUAUUUUACAACGGAGCAGAACUAA